AUUUUAUUAAACAUACAACAUUACAAUCCUUGUGAAAGAGAGGACAUUAUGGAUUCUUAUUUUAGUUGAUAAUUGUUUUGAAGUCUGAAGUGAUGUAUAAUAUGUCAUUGAAGAAAGAUAGAAGAAUAAAGAAGGUCCUGCUGGGAUUUUCUUACAUUGACAAACUGCCAAGUCGACACUCAACUUUUUUUGCAACAGAGAUGGCAGAAGUUGAUAAUCAACUAGAGAUCAAGUUUAGGUUAACUGAUGGUUCUGAUAUCGGCCCUAAAGCAUUUCCUGAUGCUACAACUGUUGCUGCAUUGAAGGAAACUGUUAUUUCUCAAUGGCCUAGAGAAAAGGAAAAUGGGCCGAAGACAGUGAAAGAGGUGAAGUUGAUAAGCGCAGGGAAAGUUUUGGACAACAACAAGACUGUUAAAGACUACCGAAGCCCUGUUUCUAUUGGCGCUGUCACCACAAUGCACGUUAUCAUCCAACCUCUGAUUACUGAAAAAGAAAAGAAGCCUAAAGGUGAUGAUCCAAAGAUGAACAAAUGUGUCUGCUCAGUCAUGUAAGACAAACGCAAAAUCUCAACAGAGGCAGGUUACUGCUCUGUUCCCUCAUGUGGUUUGGUAUAGAUUGUUUAUUGAUGCAUAACCAUAAGUGUUGAACCGUUUUUUUUUAAAGUAUAAAUCAAAUCUCUAUUUACUAAACUUGUUGCAAAGAUCACAGAUAGAGUGAAUCAUAGAUGUACUAGUGAUUCAGAACUUGUUGAAACACACAAAGAGACUCUGCUUUUACCUCUGUU